AUGCAAGCCAUGCAUACUCCAACAAGAAAGAAAAGGAGUAAUCAGCAGGAAGUAGUUAAAGCAGGAAAAGAUACCAGAAUAGAAGAGACAAGAUCUGAAGUCAGAGAUAGUACAGAGAAGCGGGAGGCAACUGAGACCAACCAGAAUAUUCCAUUAACAUCAAUGAAAACCAACAAAAUAAGCGCGAUAGAUGCGACGUCUGCAACAAAAAUGGAACUCCCUGUGAAACGCAUAGUUCAGAAAAAACUAAAUUAUAUGGAAAUAAGUCCAGGGGCUCCAAAAUCAACACAAACACUUCCAAACAGAAUAUCUGAAGCCGCACAUAUAACACAAAGCGCUACAAAACAUAUCGAAGCAUCGAAAAAUCUUAGAGGAGAAAUAAAACUGGCGGUCCUGGAUGCUAUUAAAAGACUUUACGACCUAGUAUGCGAAGCGGAAGAUCAGAGAAAAGAACAAAUAAACAAGAACAAAGAACAAGUAAACAAGAGCAAAGAACAAAGCACUGCAAACAAUAGCAAAGAAAUGGAAAAAUUAGAGCAAAUAGAAAAUAGACUGAUUGACUGGGAAAAAAUAAAUUUAGAAAUGGAAAACAAAAUCGAGCGAACAAUAAGAACACACCUUAAGACCUACGCAAGUGUGCUCGCAACACACAAAAACGAACCCGCAAGAAAAAAUUACAUACCGACCAAAACUGACACAGAGCAAAUGCACUCCAUUAUAAUCUCUUCCACAAAACAAGAGACGAACACAGAGAUUUUGGAACGAAUUAAAGUCACUGUAGACCCAAAAAACACUGGUCUAAGAAUCGAUAAAUUAAGGAAAGCAAAAGACCAAAAAGUUGUUAUCAGUUGUGACACAAAACAACGUCUAAACGAGGUAACAGAACGAAUAAAAAGGGACAAUACCCUUACAGUAAAACCGACAAAGGAUAAGGAUCCGCUAAUAAUCUUACGAGGAGUCCUACAGGCGCACUCAGAUGAAGACAUAAUGCAUUACAUCAAAGCCCAAAACGGCCAUCUUCUCGAUAAAAUAGACGAAUCGGAAAAGAGAAUUGAAUUAAAAUUUAGAAGGAAAGCUCGGAAUCCACUUUUAAAUAAUAUAGUGCUCCAGGUUUCACCACAAGUUUGGAAAGUUAUUACGGAGGCUGGGAAGCUUCAUAUUGAGUUGCAAAGGGUUGUAGCCCAGGACCAGUCCCCACUCAUACAGUGCUCUAGAUGUCUUGCCUUUGGACAUGGGAAAAGAUUUUGCGAAAUUGAAAAAGACGUUUGCUCACACUGUGGUGGAGACCAUAAGAAAAAUGAAUGCACAAAACACAUAGAGGGUAGCGCACCAAUAUGCAUUAACUGCAAAAAAGCAAAUGCAGAAAAAACGAACCACAAUGCGUUCGAUGCUCAGUGCCCAACCAGAGAUAAGUGGGAUGCGUUGGCUCGAUUAUCGGUUGCGUAUUGUUAA